GGUGUCAACAGAUUGGGUAACACAGGCGAAUCUACAUGAUUUAUAGACCAAUCAGUUUCAAUUAAAAACACAGAUAAAUUUUAACUUCUUGAUCACUGUGGGUUAUCAGUAAGAUAAAAUUUGUGAACAACAAUCCAAAGAUUGUAAAUUAUCGCAGUUAACCCCAAAGUGGGUUCCGUGAUAAAGCAAGUCCACGUCUUACCAUUUCAUCGAGGCAGCCUGUUGACCAGUAAAGGGAAUCAGUGUGACCAAUGGGUCUCUCUAUGGGUACUUCAACCAGAAGUCUCUUUAUGUCCUGAGAUCGUCCUGGUAAGACACCGCAUGUCAAUGAGGUGAUCUCCGGUCAACGUCUACCCUCAUCGUCACAUCAGUAUAUUUUGUGAUCAAGGGUAUCGCCUGGAGUAGAGGCAAAUAUACAACACGUGUUUGCACCCAAAUAGGUGAGGAAACAUCCCCCUAAAGUGGGUGAAGCAUUUGAAAGUAAUUGGUUACCAGUUAGCAUCGUUAUAUUAAUCAAUCGUAUAGUAGUUAGUCCAGGGGAACAGGUGAGUGUGUGAGUGUGAGUCACUCACACAAAGACGAAAUGAUGAACCCAUAACAAAUCUAGAAAUAGCUACUACUAUUGGUCUACUCGAGAUGUUUGCUUGGUUGUAAGAUUUUUGAGUUUCCAUUUUCAACCUUUACUGCAUAUUUCACACCCGCAAGUCACUUAGACCCAUUGUACCCAUAAAAAAGUGAUAACUCAACGAAACAUCCUAAAAGCUGUGGACCUUCAGCAAUUAGGAAUGAGCAAGCACUAAAAAUAGAUCAAGAUAGCAUAGCACUUGAACUACUGCAAUAGGUUAUCUAUUAUGCUAAUGGAUAACACGGCCGUCGUGAUACUAACGACGCAGUAGCAUGAUCAAAACACCUACGAGACUAAUGAAUGAUAAUUAGCUAUUGAUUGUAUGUUAAUUGUGCAUUGUCAAGGAAUUAAUCUUUGUUUAAUUUGGAAAUAUAAUAGCUUUUCCAAUUAUUGAUUUAAAAAAUCAAAUUUGUUGUUGAUCAGAUACCAUUCUGUAGAGUAACGGUUCUACAAAAACAUACUUAUUAGUGACAAACUGCUGCUUCCAUAAAAAAAUCUUAUAGCUUUUCGAAUCGUGAAUUUAAUAGUGAACAAAGUUAAUCAUUGACGUAUCAAAAAUGAUGACGUCAUCGCCAAAAAAAGUUUGUGGAAUAACAUCAACAGUACGGACUUUUGUCAUAUCUUCUGAAAUAUACCAUUUAGAAAAUUGCGAGAUGAAGAUCGUUCCUGGUACGACUUCAAAGCACUUGUGUGGGAUUUUCAAACAAGUCGUCUCGACCCCUACUAGGCAGAGUCGCCAAAUCGAAAUUUUCUAAUUAGCAAGUAACUGUCGAAUUUUGAUUUAUGAACCAGGAUGUUUAUCGUCUGCAAAUUUUCAAUUAGACGAUUUCUUAUCGCUCGAGUUAAAAGUUAAUUGAUUUAUUUGUUUGGCUCUAUCUACUAGCCUUUAACCUACUGUCAGAUCAUGUCCAAUUCAUUAUUAAAUAAGAUUAUUUUCCAUAUCAUAUAACCGUUCAAUUUUGUUUUACCUCAUGGCCCUAGGAAGAAAAUCAAGAGAAAUCCAGCAAAGGUUUUUACAUGGGUCCCAAGAAGAUGAUUUCUGAUAAAUUCUGAGAUCAUUCCUUAGGGCAGUGCUGUCAGAUAAUGCGAAAUUUUUACCCCUUCCGGUGGUGAAAUUGCAUGGAGUGUAAUGGCAGGAGGGGGUAAAAAUAUCGCACGUUCUGGCAGCACUGCCUUAGGGAAAUCAAUACCUUUUCGAGAAAAUUUUGAACUACAAUUCUAGGCACUCGUAGUUUUCUACGUAAGUUUUCAAUCACUAGAACAUAUCCUACGUGUGUAAAAAAGAACAAAUAGUUUUCAAUGACACAUGGAUUUGUUCCAUGUUGGACUUUUAUAUUCAAUUAGUUAUAAUGACACUAGCACGCCUGAGUCGUGUGUUUUUGUUGAGUAAUUAAUUCACAUCCGUUUCGAUGCACUUAUCACAAAGACCCCUGACACAGUAUUUAUCUUAAUCACUUGCCGCAACUGUAUAAAUACAAUGCGCUUGUGGAAAUCGGCUACUUUUUCUAGAAGUUCUAUCCUGUACUGUGAAGUUACGUUCUUACGCAAGAAUUACAAGGCGAAGAUGGUCGGUGUAAAAAAGUUUACCGUUGUCAAGUUUACGGGGGUGGUGCAACCUGGAAAAAACCCUUACAAAUGCGUACCAAGCUCGUGGGCUAAAUUCGAAAAUGCAAAUGGCGCAGUAGUGCCCUACCCGGCAGAAGACCAGCUGGCACUAUCGUUCAAUCGCAUUUAUCAUUGCAAGUUGCCGGCAGAGGGAUGGAAUACAUACCCGGUCUCGAUUGAAUCUGAAGCAGAUUCAUACGAAGCGGGGAUGCUUUAUAUAAAACGGCUAAAUGAUACGGAGCUGGAUGAAGAAGCUCUGAUGAUAUGGAAACAAGCAAGCCUUGAGUGUUUGGAAAAAUUGGGUCGCUAUCAUCCGAUUACUUUGAUCUAUAGUCUGUGGUCUAGAGUUGCAAACUUAUUCAACUAUUAA